UCAUAUGCUUGGGUCAGAGGUUCUCAGUAUGGCUGCCUCCAUAUGAAGCGCAUUUGUCCUCUCUGUCGUGUUUUCUAGGUCUUGAUAAACGAUUUUUUUUUGUUUUUCAAAAUCUGAACUUUAUUCGUUAUGUUUCCUGUCGUGACCCGGACGGCGACCCCGCUGUCAAACCUACUCGCCCCCCGAAUCGGUGUGUUGAUGGUCGCUGUUAGGGGCAGAAAAUCCCGCAGCGAUCCGAAAGCCAAGUCAAAAGCCGGGAGGGUGAAGGUUCCUCCGCCCGUGGACCCUGCCGAGAUGCUGGUGCUCAGGGAGAGAUUCAGCCAGUACGACCUCAUCAUGAGGGCACUCCGGGCAGAGUUCAAGGAGGACAUGCUACGCAGGAGGUAUGAGGAGGAGGUGGGAUCUCUGGCUGAGGAGAGGACCAAACAGGAAGCUGAGGAGCAUCAGAAGCUGAUGGCCUGGAAUGACGCAGAGAACCAGCGACUGCGCCAACUACGUGAGGAGAGGAUCAGGAAGGAGCUGGAGCAGGAGCAGCUGAGGAAGGAGCAGGUGGCUGUCUCAAGAGAGAAGAGAAUGGAGGAGUAUGUUAAAGAGAAGGAGCAGGAGAUCUUGCAGCUACAGGAAGAAGCAAAGAACUUCAUCACCUUGGAGAAUCUGGACCAGCGAAUUGAGGAAGCGCUGGACAACCCAAAGAGCUAUAAUUUCGCUGUUGAUAAAGAGGGGAGGAUUGUGAAGAGAACUGUGCAGCAGUGAUACCUGCCUCACUGAACUGUUACACUUCAUAACCUGUGUGCACUGACGACGAAUACACCUGGAAAUAACACAUGCUUGGGAGACGUGCAUUGGACAGGGCUGCUUUAAUGCUUAACUUAAGGGUAUUUAUGAACUGCAAGGCUGCAAGUAAAGAUUGUAGCACAUUGCAUGGUCCUACAAAUGAACUUCCCUCACUUAAGGAGAAGAUGGUGUUCAAUUUGAUUUUUCGCUUAAUAACAGUGCUGAUUCUGAUCCGUUGAAAUUGUGGACCUAAUUAAAAAAUUCCAAAAGCAAAAUUCCAACUACA